CUGCCAUGCGAGUCUCCUCAGGAGUCCCAGCGGAUUCACGGGCUGAGAGUCUGCUCACCUGAUGACUGGAUAGUUUGAAAACACGGACAUGUUUUGGCUUCUGUUCUCGGUCGCCGCCGAAAUGUCGACCUCCAGAACGGCUGAGUGCUCGGAGGAAGAGGCCAAGCAGAAGCUGCUGUGGAACGUCAAGCGAGAGGUGAAGCAAAUCAUGGAAGAAGCAGUCACCAGGAAGUUUGUUCAUGAAGACAGCAGCCACAUCAUUGGCUUGUGUACUGUCGUUGAGGCCUGUCUGCUGUACAUGUUGAAACGCCGGGCUGCUGGCUUUCUGCGGAGUGAUAAAGUAGCUGCACUUUUCACAAAAGUUGGGAAAACCUACCCAGUAGCCGGAGAGCUGUGCACAAAGGUUCAAGAGUUACAGCAGCAGGUGGAUAACAAGAAAAAUCCCUCAAAUGGACAGGAAUCUCUGAAGAGACAGGGAUCGAUAUCCAAGACUCCAACCCUGACACCUCAAGCUAUCAAGCAUAUCUGGGUGCGCACAGCUUUGUUUGAGAAGGUCCUGGAUAAAAUCGUUCAGUACAUUGUUGAUAACUCCAGUAAAUAUUACGAAAAGCAAGCUCUAAUAGCAGAUCCAGUCUGUGGACCAAUAUUAGCAUCUCUGCUUGUUGGUCCUUGUGCACUUGAGUAUACAAAACUUAAAACUGCUGACCACUAUUGGACAGACCCAUCCGCUGAUGAGCUGGUACAAAGGCACCGUAUUCAUGGUGCACAUGGACACCAGGAUUCCCCAUCUAAACGGCCAGCUCUUGGUAUAAGGAAGCGCCACUCAAGUGGAAGCAUGUCGGAAGAUAAAUUUGCAGCUUCGGCAAGAGAAUAUGUGGAGUCAUUACAUCAAAAUUCCAGAACACAUCUUCUGUAUGGAAAAAAUAAUGUACUUGUCCAGCCGAAGGAGGAUGUGGAGACAGUUCCAGGAUACCUGUCCCUUCACCAGUCUGCAGACCAUUUAACCCUGAAGUGGACCCCAAAUCAACUCAUGAAUGGAACUCUAGGAGAUUCUGAGCUUGAAAAGAGCGUCUACUGGGAUUAUGCCUUAACUGUGCCAUUACAUCAGAUAGUCUGCAUUCAUUGCCAUCAACAGCCUGACAGUGGCGGAACAUUGGUGUUGGUGAGUCAGGAUGGAAUCCAGAGACCUCCACUCCACUUUCCCCAGGGUGGCCACCUGUUGGCCUUCCUCUCCUGCCUUGAAAAUGGGUUGCUACCACGAGGACAGCUUGAUCCACCACUUUGGUCGCAGCGAGGAAAGGGUAAAGUGUUUCCAAAGCUGCGGAAAAGGAACAGCAGAGCCAAAUCUAUGGACCAAGAAGAGCAGAUAGUGGAAGAAGUAGCUACUGAUUAUGUAUUCAGAAUAAUAUAUCCUGGACAGAAGAAUGACUAUGAUCCUAGUGAAUUGUUGGAAAUGCAUGGAUACAGCGCUACCCAAUUUCCUUGGCAGCUAGGAGAUCCAUGUAGCCAAGGCUCCUCGUGUUUCUCCUGCUCCACCAAUGGUUCUCCCUAUGAUGUGCCCAUCUGCUGCUCCUGUGGGAACGACAGGACUCCACUGAAGAUGCUUUGUGAGAAUAUGAAGAGACAAAUUGUUUCAAGGGCGUUUUAUGGAUGGCUGGCCUAUUGCCGUCACCUUUCAACAGUCCGCACACAUCUAUCAGCUCUUGUGAACCACACCAUUGUCCCACCCAACAAGCCGUGUGAAGCCUCAGGUGGACUGACUGCAGAAGUCUGGAAUAAGUAUGAAAAGGAUAGAAAGAAUUACAAAAAGUUAGAGCUGCUCCGAAUGGUUUACUACGGAGGAGUCCAGCAUGAAAUAAGGAAAGAUGUCUGGCCUUUUCUUCUGGGCCACUACAAGUUUGGGAUGAGCAAACAGGAUAUGGACCAGGUGGAUGAAGAUAUUGCUGCCAAGUACAGAAGUGUAAUGGCAGAGUGGAAAGCUUGUGAAAUGGUCGUCAAACAGAGAGACAGGGAAACACACUCCGCAAUCUUGGCAAAAUUGUCAUCGGGCAGUAGCAUAGACAGCCAUGUGCAGCAUCUGAUUCACCGAGAUUCAACCAUCAGCAAUGAUGUCUUCAUUUCUGUUGAUGAAGGAGACCAGGGAGAAAAAGCCUUUAAGAUGGUGGAUGAUGCGACAACAGUAGUGAACGUUGACACUCCAACUGUAGCAGUUGAAGAGAGACCAUCGAUAGAGUUUGACUCUCCUGAUUCUGGGCUGCCUUCUUCAAGAAAUUAUUCUGUCGCCUCGGGGCAUUCCCGAAUCCUGUCAAGUACUGAUGAUCAAAGUUUGUGCAUGGAAGAAGGUGUACUGGAGGAAGAAGAUAAAACUGAAUUGGGCGGGGUUGCAGAACAAGCUCAUGACGUUAGUGAGUCUGGUUCUGGAAGGACAAGUGUCCUUCAACAGGCUGAAGCCCAGGAUUCGUUGUCUGAAGAGCAGCUAUGUACUCAGUUAGACUUGAUAAUGUCUGAAAAGGACAACUCACCUUUACCAACUAUGACAUACACGACAGAACUGAUGGAUGCCGUCUCAUUAAAUUGGCACCGGAUUGAUAAGGAUGUACAACGUUGUGAUAGAAAUUACUGGUAUUUUACUACAAUCAACCUUGAAAGACUAAAAAGUAUAAUGUGCAGCUACGUGUGGGAGCACCUGGAUGUAGGCUAUGUUCAGGGGAUGUGUGACCUCUUGGCACCACUAAUGGUUAUCCUGGACAAUGAGCCCCUGGCUUACAGCUGCUUCUCUCAGCUCAUGAAGAGGAUGAAUCAGAACUUCCCAAACGGAUGUGCCAUGGAUACUCACUUUGCCAACAUGAGAUCCUUAAUACAGAUUUUGGACUCCGAGCUCUUUGAGCUGAUGCACCAGAAUGGAGAUUACACCCAUUUCUACUUCUGCUACCGCUGGUUCCUCCUGGAUUUCAAAAGAGAACUCUUAUAUGAAGAUGUCUUCGCAGUGUGGGAGGUCAUCUGGGCUGCAAAGUACAUCUCUUCAGAGCAUUUCGUCCUUUUCAUUGCCUUAGCACUAGUGGAGGUUUACCGCGAGAUCAUUCGUGAUAACAACAUGGACUUCACGGACAUUAUAAAGUUUUUCAAUGAAAUGGCGGAGCGACAUGAUACCCAGCAGAUUCUGAGGAUUGCACGUGAGCUGGUCUACAAGGUGCAGACACUGAUAGAGAACAAGUGAUGCAAUUGAGGGAGCAAGGAAGGCACAUGGAUACUCACCCUCCUCCUUCCAAGCUUGAGUGGGAACCUCCCCACCUCUCUCUGCUGCACUGGCUCCCGUUCCCCUGCACUUGAAGCAUGACAGUUCAAGAGAACGAGUUGGUCACAUCUUCCAAACUUCAAGAUGUUACACAGCAAGUGGGAUCUGCAAGGCAUUGUUGUGGAGGCCAGGAAUUAGCCAAAAGAAUUGCGCUAAUUGUUUUUCCCCAACAAGGUUCAUCAAUCGUCGGUCACAUUUUAGUGAUGCUUUAAUAUAGUUUAUAAAAACACAUUUUCCUUUAACUUCCUUUCAUUUGUCUCUGCUGCCUUAGUUGUGAGAUUUUAUUUGUGGUUGUUUGUUUAAUUUAUUUUUUAAAAAAUCAGUGAGUGCCUAAAUAUUAAAUGUGUGGCAAAAAAAACCCACUCACCAUCCACAUUAUAGUCCUGUACCCUCACACUAACAGAUGGGUACAAGCUACAAAUAAAUGGGGAUUUCACUUCCAGUUUUUCAUUUGUGAAUUCAUAGUGAUUUUUAACUCCAGACUGAACUGAUUUGGAUGGACCAAUGUACAUUUAAUACUUUACAAUGCAGAUCGAUCUGAUCUUACAGACUAUUUUAGCAUGUUUACACUGAGAGUUACAGAUAUUUUAAAUAUAUUGAAGAAUGUUGCCAAUAACUAGAUGUUCUAUGGUUCUGUAUGUUUCUGUAAUACUACUUUCUAGUAUUGAAUAUUCCCAAAAUAUUGGGAAAUAAUUUUCACAUACAGUAUUUGUUAACCCUAAAGCAGGGCAUUUAGUAGUUCUAUCAGAAGCUACUUUGCGUGGGGUAAAGUUUUGAUAUGUGCUGUUAGUUAAACUGGUUGGGUUGUGGUACUGUCCCCCAUGCACACCCCCUCCCUGCACACAUGGGCGCACACACUCCCCAAUGGUUUGGACCAUCAUUGCAAAUCUGAGCAGUGGGCUCCUCUUAAAAGGGACCAUCGGUGGUGUCUUCGGGGCACGGUAACUGUGCCACAUGAGUUUGAGGAGAAUUGGGUCAGAGACCAUUUUAAUUUGUCUUCUCCUUCUCCCUGAGCUGAAAUGCCUCACCUCUGAAACAAAGUCCUUCCAAAGGUCUAAGCUAUUGAAGAGGCAGAAACCCCAAGAACCCAAAGCUAACAUUUCUCUGAUUUAUCAUCAGAAAAUUGCUUGCUCAUAUGGAAUUCCUGAGUACAAGAAUUAUAUGUAUCUUGAAUCAGCUACUGUGUGUCAGAAGUGUGCAUUGUAGACCUUUAUUUCUACCCCAUUUUGUUGUUUUCUUUCCAGUCUUUCUCCCUUACACCUCAUUGCAGAAGAUAUUGACUGCCUUUUGAGGAAAGGCACCAGAGAUGCUUGGAGACUGAAACAUUCCACUUGUCCACGCACAUUCCCAGGGGUGGCAGGUUGUUCAACAACAGGGUGGUAGAGACCAUCAUGGUCAGUCAUUCCAGAUGGGAAUCAGGAUGAUCAGUUGUUCCCCUUUUCCUAAUACAAGGAUGUUGAGGCCUGACACUACAUUCACACCCCUGCCAUUGCUGAAGAUUAACUCCCGAACAUAGACUGCAUGAAUUGGAAUCUUCUGAUCUGUAUUACUGAGUCAUUCAUCAGUUGAGUUCCCUGGUGAACCCAAUAAAAGGCCAAGUAUUGGUAAUAUAGCAAUCCCACAGACCACAUGUGAAGGAAAAAAAUGCCCAUAAUUUUUCCUUCCCUAAAUUACAGCUGCAAAGUCUAUGAUUCGUAAGGCUAAAUAUACAGAUCCCACUCUUGAUGACUGGUUUAGUGAGUGCAUGACAAUAAAUUAUAGAAUUGUGACCGACCACUGAAUAGAACUCAGCAGUUAUUGGUGAAGUAUCAGCUCCCAUCUGGAGUGCAGAUGUAGUGGUAAUAAAAUACUAAGCUGAAGUAUGAGUAGGUUGUAGCAGAAGCUUGGCCACUUGUAUGUAAAAAAAAAUCACACCUUUUCUGAUUUGUGGCCAUGUGGUGAUCAUUAGAUUGAAAGAUGAAGUAUUUGCAAUCUAAUCACAACUAAGCUACUACCUGUAUGCAUCUGAGAGGGAAUAGCUGAUGAGAAGUUUCCCUUCCCCAAUUUGCUGAGUCCGUCUCCUUUUACUACUCAUGCUGAUUCAUGUUACCUUAAUGUGCAAAAGAUUAUGAUGCCAUUAAAAAAUAUUUAAAAAUUAAAGAUCAAAGUGCCAAAAUGUUUAGUGUGUGGCAAAAGAGAAACCUCUUCACCAUCCCCAUUAUGAUCCUAUCCUCCCAUACUGACCCACUUAAGUAGAAAUGAAUGGGAAUUCCACCUCUCCUCAACUACAUCCAUCCCCUCCAUUUGCAGAUUCAUAGUGGUCUUUAACUUCUCCAGGAGACACACAUUUGGGUGGUUCCCGGGUCUCUUUAGAAUACAUUGCAGAUCAUUUUGAAGCUCUGCACUUAGGCACAUCUACACUGAGCACCACAUUGUCCAUUCCCAAUGGGCAAGGUUCUGUGCCUAUAGUCAGACUCUGACAUUCUCCUUGACUAUUGGUAUUGUUUUAUUAUUGUCACUUGUACUGAGUUACAGAGAAUAACCUGUCUUGCAUACCGAUCGUACAGGUCAAUUGGUUACAUGGUGCAGUUACAUUGAGUUAGUACAGAGUGCAUUGAGGUAGUACAGGUAAAAACAAUAACAGUACAGAGUAAAGUGUCACAGCUACAGAGGAAAUGCAUUGCAGGUAGACAAUAAGGUGCAAGGUCACAACAAGGUAGAUUGUGAGGUCAAGAGUCUAUCUCAUCAUAUAAGGGAACUUAUUUGAACAUUUCAAAAACUAUAUAUUAAUCUGCACAGUAUAAAGGAAUCUCUCUGCAAAUUAAGCAUUCAACAAGGUUUUUAAUUCCCUAGAUUCAGUAUUACUUAUCACACUGAAUUAAUACAUAACCAAUUUCAGUAAGCUACAAUUGCACUUGACCUGUGUGUCAGCUUGAUACUGUUAGGCUUAGUGAUUUCCCUGCCAAUAAGUUCCAUGUGUUCAGUUUUUUUUUAAUGGACAAAGACUCUAUUUUACAAUCACCCAUGGCAUUGCCAAGAAUAUGUUUGGGGUCACAGCCCUGCAGAGGGUACGUGGAGGUACUAUGACUACAAAAUAUUUGGAAAAAAAAGAUUUGAGAGCCUGCAUAGAGAUGACAAAGUCGGUGAUGUUUGGUUCUAACUUGCCAAGGACUUUUCCAUGUAAUAAAACCACAAUAGGUACAGGACAUUUAAAUAGAAACUUCUGUUUUAUUUACUCCCCUUCUCAAUUCUUGUAUUCUGGUCAAACUGAACUUGAAAUGAAACUUUAACCGCUGUCAUUUAAGCCAGUGUCUCUGGCCCACACUGUCUAAAACCUACCUCAAGUAUUCAAUGAGUUGUGAGGGUGAUUAAUUCUUCACUGUAAAUAAUGGACUUUUCCCAAGCAGUCAGUAUUACAUACUCUUAUAGAGUUUACAUACCCUUUUUUUAAACUUGCUGAAUUAUUCCCUUUUCUUUGCUGGGUGUGACUUUAUCUAAAGUUAAAAUCAUUAUUUCCAGUUGUCUCUCUAUUUUAAAUACAACUUUAUUUUAUAGUCUUUACACUGUGGCACUUCUCUACUGCUUAAUGGGCAAAGAAAUAGAGGAAACACGGCCAAAUAUAAAGCCCACUGGGAUCUUUAGGAAGUGCUUUUAACACACUUCAUACCACCGAUGUUGGUGAGCUUACUGAGUGGCCUAGGUUAAAGUCACAGUGCUGGGAUAUGACCCAGGAUUAAAAGCACUCGAUGAAAAUGAAAGUGAUGGGUAGUUUGACGGUUUGCAUGUAAAUCAGAUGGAAGAAUUGAUUACUGGGUUAGACUAGGUGCGUGUUGAUAAAUGCACAAUCUUCUAUUUUCCUGCUUUAAAAUUUUUAAAAUUUUCUGCAUUCUAAAUACCCCACAGAAUUUUUUUUAUAAACAUGACACAACACCUCCUGGUUCUGGGUAAAUGUUAGUGUCAACAUUGAUCUAGUGACAUUGGGUAAGAUAGAGAGAAUUUUGUUAGAUUCAGAGUAACAAGGUGUGGGUAUAUGGAGUUAGGAUCCAAGGUGGCCGUGGCCUCAUUGAAUAACAGAGCAGUCAAGAAGGCUGAAUGGCCUACUUCUACUUCUUCUGAAUGUAACUUAACUUAAUGCCUCAUUUUAAAAUAAUUUACAUUUGGUUUUUAACUAUUAUUGUAAAUGUUUUUAAUGUGGAAAAGUUGCCAAAUGUUUUGAAUGAGAAUAAAACAAUGGGAGUAAUAUAGGAUUAGUGUAAACGUGUGGGUGAUGGUGUGGAAUCAGUGGGUCAAGGGGCCUGUUUCCGUGACUGUUUUCUCUAAAGGCACACCCAUCAUGGUGUUAAAAUUUUUUGUUAAAUAAUACCUGUUUCCUCUGUCAUCAGAAAUAAUACCACAGGAUUCCAAAACUCUAAAGCAUGCAAUGUCCAAAAUACCUUUUUUUGAGUGGGUUGCUUUGCAGCACCUUUCAUGGGGCAAGAGAAAGGCCAAUGUUCACUCCAGGACCCUGCAAUUAGGAAACUAAUAUCUAAGUAUCUGAUACUUCACUGUUUAUGAGAUGUAUAAAUGCUUGGCUUCUGUUUUAAAUCUCAUUAAGGCGAUGAUUGUUUUAUCAUUGGACUUUGCAAUAGUCUUCUGUAAGUAUUGUACAUAAUUUUAGAUUGUAAACCAUCAGUGUUAUCUGCCUAAGUUUGUGUGGGUGUUUUGCUGCAGGCAACUGACUGUUCCAGAUUUAUGAACUGUUUCUUUCAUCUUUUGAUAGUCAACUAGUCGAGAUUUAAGUUUGUCCCAUAGCCUUUACAUUUCAAUUUGACAGGUCUUAUCUGAUGCACAUUUCCAAAUAUCAACCUGCAUGGCUGCCAGGCACAACCAGGACCAAAGAAUUGGUUUUGUUAAAUUCUACAUGCAGAAACAGUACUACAUUGAGUAAUCCCUUCAGACAAUCAACACUGACAACUUAUUGUCCUGUACUAAGGCGGUGGAUGAAGGGUAUUAAGUGCAAUUAAUUGCCUCAUUUGCUCCAUGAUCAUGAAGAGUUUUGAUGGGGACUCAACUUGUUGGCAACGUGGUGAGAAAGGGCCAAAUACCCAAAAAGUAUAAAUAAGGAAAUAUUUCUUUGCACCAAGGUUGCUGGUGCAUGGAAUAAUUUGCCAGUGGGAUUAUUGAGCUGAAUUAUUGUUUCUUCUAAAGAUGCAAUGGGCAAGCAUUUGAAGUAGAUGAUGAUGAUGCAGGAAACUGGAGGGAGGAGCAUUGACGUGGUUCCCCAUCGCGCCCCAAGCCACCUGACGCAGUUGCCCAUCACACUCUAUUGCCCGAUGUGGUUUCCCAUUGCGCCUCAGGCCACUCGAUGCUGUUUCCCGCCAGACUCUGAGCCAUCUCAUGCAGUUUCCCAUCGCAGCCUGUGCCAGCACCCCAGCACCUUGAGCCACCUGACAGGGUUCAUCCAAUUGCCCUGUACCACGUGACGUAGAUUACUAACAGCAGAACUGUGGUACAUCUGUGGCAGAUAACUGUACUACAUUUAUGCUACAGCUUAUUUUUCUGAUUAUAUUUUCAUUAACAUUGUAAACAUCUGUGAUUUUUAUUGGAUCUACAGCUGCUUAAAGUGGGUACCACUAAGGAACGUUUUUUAAAAUGAAAUUUUAUUGACUGAAAGAAUUGACUGUGGAGCUGGAAUGGAAUUAGCUACAAGUAAUUCCUCCCCGCAAAUAACGUCUUAAGAAUCCCAGUAUUUUUAACAUAUUGCACAAGGUUCAGUUAAAAGGAAAAGAAAAUCUGCACUGCAAAGAAAGUGUGGGGUGAAAUGAGUUACUUUUUCUGGCCAUUUCACACAUCUUUUUUUCAAAGAAAGUAAUUUCUCCCAAAAUGCUACCUGAAAUAGGCCCUCAACUGAUUUGGGUAUGAGACUGCAAUAUUGCAGAACAAAACACAAAUAGAUUUGUACCAAAUUACCUUGUCUUUCAUUUUGAUGGAGGCAUUAGACGUCAGUACAGUUGCAAUAAGAAAUAAUAAUGACAAAUGCUGGAAAUAUUCUGUGAAAAGUGAACAGGUAACACUUCAGGUUUAUUCUUUCACCAGAACGGGGAAAGUUCUGAUGAAAAGUUAUUGACCUGAAAUGUUAACUCUGCUGAGUAUUUUCAGUGUCUGCAGUAUUUUGUUUUUGGUACGUAUUGAGGAGAUAGGUUCCUGUGUUGAUUUCCACACAUGCAAUUCAUAAGUGAUCAUGUUUUUAACCGAAUUUGACCACAAUGUGAAUGAAUAAAACAAAUCUGAAGCUUGCACUGCCUUUGGAAUGUAGUUGGGCUGAUAAAUGUUCAACACAUUGAUUCGAUGUAUGCAACUCUUGUUACUUGGUACCUUUGUUAUGUAGUACAUGUAAGACCGCACCUUAAACUUGUGUGAUGCACUAUUUAUUUUUUUAA